AUGACAUCCUCCGAACGAGUUACCCAAUCCAAGAAGGUCUGGACAACCCUCAUAACCAACACCGCCUACCUCUCCGGUCUUCUAACCCUCGACUACUCCCUCAAAAAACACAACUCCAAAUAUCCUCUCGUAGCCCUCUACACCGAUGCCUUCCCUCCUGAAGGCCACGCUGCGCUCGAAGCCCGUGGUAUUCCUAAGCAGCGCAUUGAAUAUCUUCUCCCAAAGAAUGGCGGAAAAGAUUAUUCCAACGACCCUCGCUUCUACGAUUGCUGGUCUAAACUCGCCCCUUUUAGUUUAAUCGAAUAUGAGCGCGUUGUGCAACUCGAUAGCGAUAUGUUGGUCCUACAAAACAUGGACGAGUUGAUGGAAUUAGAACUCGAUGCGCCGGAGGUGGCGGGCAAGGGACAGAGAGUUUUUGCUGCGGGCCAUGCAUGUGUCUGCAAUCCGCUAAAGAAGAAACAUUAUCCUGCUGAUUGGGUUCCCGAAAACUGCGCAUUCACCUCCCAGCACAACACACCAGAAGUCGCACAAACCACCGGACCACCUCCCAACACCUCUCCUCUCGGUUUCAUGAACGGCGGUCUUCAAGUCGUCAACCCUUCUUCUGGCGUAUACAACGCCAUUCUUGAUCAUCUUUCCUCAGACGCCGCAAUCAAUAUGGAUUUUGCAGAUCAAUCUCUCCUCUCUGAUCUCUUCAAAAAUCGAUGGGUGCCACUUCCUUAUAUUUAUAACGCCCUCAAAACGUUGAAAUGGGAAGGCGUCCAUCCUCAAAUUUGGAGAGAUGAUAAAGUAAAAAAUAUUCAUUAUAUCCUAGCCCCAAAACCGUGGGAUGAGAUGGAUGAGGAGGGAAAUUUCAUUGGUAAGGAUGCGACGCAUGCUUGGUGGGUAACACAUAACCAGGAGAGGUUGAAGGGGGAGAAGGAGAGGGGAAUUAAGGUUGAUGGGUUUUAG